UUGACAGACUUUGUGUUCUGUAAAGAGUAGAACUGGAUUCUGGAAAUCAUAUUUUGAAAAAUGGCCGAAUACUAGGAAAAUAGAAAUGCUAAAUAUGUGUAUAGUCUACUUGUGUUUAUAUUGUUCCGUAAAAUAGUUGUGAUAUUUUAAUGUUAUCUAAAAGAAACAUUGACAAAAAUGUCCAGCGGAAGUGGGACAAAUGUGGAUGGGGUUCUGAGAAACAGUGCCCUAGCUUUUGUUGCGCCUACGCAGCCACAAACUAACAGUUCACAAGGGUCGCAGGAUCAGAUGGAUCCGUCAGAUAGAUUGAUGCCCGCUGGUUUAAAAGCUUUGUAUGAAGCAUGCUCCAAGAUUUAUCCAGAUCAACCAAACCCAUUGCAAGUGACAACAAGACUGAAAUACUGGCUUGGUGGCCAAGAUCCUCUUGACUAUAUCAGUAUGUACUGGAAUCCAGGAAUACCAGAAGAAAACAUACCUCCACAUUGGCAUUAUGUAAGUUUUGGCGUUUCUGAUCUUCAUGGAGAUGGUCGUGUCCAUCCAAUGCCAGAGCUAGGGGACAAAUGGUCCGGUUAUGGCUUGGAAUUGACACUGAGGUUGGCGUCUGAUAGAAGUCAAUCCCCACCUGUCUGGCCCGCUGCAUUGCUACAAGCACUUGCUAGAUAUAUAUUUACUACUGGUAAUAAAUUCUGCGCGGGUGAUCACAUAUCAUGGCACGCGGCACUGGAUGGUUCACAGUCCAGGGUCCGACAUUUGCUUGUCGCUGAAGAUCCACAGUUACAUACAGUCAACACACCACAUGGGGAUGUCAUAUUUCUACAGAUGGUUGGAUGCACAACGAGGGAGUUGAGAGCGGCACAGCGUGGUUCCGGGUUCGAAGUUUUGAAGCUUAUAAGUGAAGAUCCUAGAUGUGGUGGUGAAUGGCUCGUGACACAAGUAUCUAGACGACGUUCAGCGCGUUUGGCCAUUUGUAAUCGUCAAUUGGUCCAUUUGGCCGGAGUCUCAGCCAGGGUUAACUGGCAGAAGUAUUGUUUGAGCGAAGAGGAACAACCCUUGUCCCCAAGUGUUGAGAGGCAGAUUAAGGAGACAUUACAACGUGGACUCUCUUCGAUGACGGAUAGAGGAUCUGAAGGUCACAAUAUGUCCACGGAUAGCUUCGAAAUGUCAAGUAUGGAGCGAGCGUUGCCACAGAUACCAAAUAUAGUUCAGGAAUCGUGGAGGGAGGAAAGCAUAGAAUAUUUGGAGGGAGUACAUCUCAUGCUGAAUAGUGAAGGUGCUAGUCUUCUACCUCUUGCUAUUGACGGUCGCGUGCGCCACUCGUCGCACUUCACAUGGCGUCAAGGAGCCCGUUCAGUGACAGUUCUACCGCCGUCAGUGGGCGGGGCUUUUGUCACACCCAGAAGACCGUAUGCUGUCAGCGGUAGUUGGCUUCAGAUUCUUAUACCAAAGGAACUAGCAGAGGAGAUGUCAAAAAAAGUAGCACCACUCGCCAAUUUAGCAGAAAUGGACUCUGAGACUGAUGAAGAUGAAAACCAAGACGCAACCACAGCACCUUCCAUUCCCUAUACGAUAUCUUGGCCGAGUUAUAAAUUAAAAAUCUCUGUGUUACCAGAUACGGAUUUUUUAUAAAUGUAAAAUAAAUUAAAUAUUAAGUGUCCGUCAAUGUUUUUUUAUGCCCUGGAUACAAGUCCUUCCGCCGCGUCCAAAAAUAAUGUUGAUUUCAAUUUAUAAAUAUUAUACCAUUUUACAAACAGAAGUGAAACUUCUUUACGAGGUAUAAACGCGAAAUUAAAGUUAUUUAUUUAAUACAAAUUUUAUUGAGUUC